AUGACAUACUCAGACUGGUGUAAGGCUUUCCCACCGACCCUGGAGGGGCUGGCAGCGGAGUGGUAUGGAGCCAUUCCCAAAUAUUCCGUAUACUCGUACAGCCAGUUGAAGAGAAUGUUCAUGGAGCAUUUCAUAACCCUGGUAGACCGAACUAAGAUGACAACCGAGCUGAUGUUGUUGGUUCAAGGGAAAGACGAGCCCCUGAGGGAGUUCAUCACCAGAUUCAACAAGGAGGCAACAACCAUCCCAAAUAUGAGCCAAGAGGUAGCGCUACUAGCAAUGCAAAGUGGCUUACUACCGGGAUCACCGUUCAGAGCAUAUAUGGGGCGUAAGAGCCUCAAAACAUUUGCUGAAGCGCUAGGCAAAGUGCACGAGUUCAUCAAAGCAGAUGAGACUGACAGAGCAAUGCUGGGUAGGAAAGCACCUAGUGACUCAAUUAAGCGGGCAGAGGUCACUCGGGCAGAGAACACGCCCAGGGUGGACCAGCCGAGCAGGGCUGAGCAAAACCGCAGAGAAGCGGACAGAGCAGUAGAAAUGAAAAGGUCAAACCCAAUGAGAGGACCAAGGCAUGGGAGGUUUCACCAAUAUACCCCGUUAACCCAUUCCUGGUCUCAUAUAUUCAACGUGAACAAAGUUGAUGACAAGUGGCAGAGACCCCCGAGGAUGGUUAACAGAAACCGUGAUACCAGCAAAUGGUGA